GCAACAGGCAAAUACAGUUCUGAACUUUGAAGCAAGUCUCUCUUUUGAGCUUGUAUCUUACAUAAAUAUGAAGUAAGCCCAAGUAUAUUGGAAGAAACAAGUGAUUUUCAUACUGCUUACACUUUGCAAUGGGAGUACUAAGAUCUAAGCACACCUUCUUUAGGAACUUUGUUGGGUUCAGUGGAAGAUUUCAAGCAGUGUUCACCUUUCUUCUGUUUCCAAGUUGCUUGACUCAGAAUUUCAAAGCACCUCCUAUAUUCCCAAAUACUCCAUACCUCUGGGUCUGGAAUGCUCCAACUGAAAAUUGUGGUAGAAAAUUUAACGUGCCACUAGACCUGAGCCUCUUCUCAUUAUCGGGAACCCCCCAGAAAAGUCUUACUGGACAAGGUAUUACAUUAUUUUAUGCAGAUCGACUUGGCUACUACCCUUAUAUAGAUAGCCUGACACUCAAAAAUGUAAAUGGAGGAAUUCCACAGAUGGGUUCUCUAAAAAAGCAUCUGGAUAAAGCUAAGGAUGACAUUAUCUACUACAUUCCAACAGACAAUGUAGGCCUGGCUGUUAUUGACUGGGAAGACUGGAAACCACUCUGGGACAGAAACUGGAAACCUAAAGACAUUUACAGACGUCGGUCUAUUGAACUGGUUCUGCAACAAAAUACACAGCUUGAUGUAUUAAAGGCCACUAAGAUAGCCAAAGCAGAAUUUGAACAAGCAGCAAAGAAUUUCAUGCAAGCAACGUUAAAAUUGGGAGAAUUACUUCGGCCAAAUUAUUUAUGGGGUUAUUAUCUUUUUCCUGAUUGUUACAAUCAUCUUUAUAAUCAACCCAAUUAUGAUGGGAGUUGCUUAGAUUUAGAAAAGAGAAAUAAUGACGAACUCAGCUGGUUAUGGAGGGAAAGCACUGCUCUUUACCCAACCAUAUAUUUGAAUAGCAAGUUAAACUCGACUCGUCAAGCUUUACUUUUUGCCCGUAAUCGUGUUCAGGAAGCCCUUCGGGUUUCUAAAGUAAGAGAUAAUAAAAAUCCACUUCCAGUUUUUGUAUACACCCGUCCAACUUACACUGAUGCUCCUGGGGAAUAUCUUACUUUGGUUGACCUUGUGCAUACAGUUGGUGAAAGUAUUGCUCUGGGCGUCUCUGGAAUUAUAAUGUGGGGAAAUGUCGAUUUAAGCCAAAACAGGGUAAGUUGAAUUUCCAGGAAUGAGGUGGAAACAUUUUUAUCUUCAUAG